CCCUCCCUCUCUCUCUUAUAAUUUAGCUCGCUUGGUCUUUUGCGGUCAGUCACGACUUCCAUCGGUUUUCUUAGGUUGAUUGCACACCACCCCUCGUUUGUGCUCAGAAAUUAGGAAAAACAUAAACAUUUGCCAAGCGGAAGCCGCGUUGUCUCUGAUUCGAAAGCGAAACUGCAUACAGUAGCGAACGUGUUGUCUGUGCCUUGUUGAUCUGAAUUCAGAACCUAAGAUCUCGGAAUCUUCGCGGACGCAUUAUCAUGUCUGGAGAGGAACAGCCCCAGCCGUUUGCCAGCGACGAGGAGAUGAUCUCGGAAUCUUCGCGGACGCAUUAUCAUGUCUGGAGAAGAACAGCCCCAGCCGUUUGCCAGCGACGAGGAGAUGAACUCGGAGUCUUCGCGGGCACCAGACGGAGCCAGGCAUAUCUUGCCCAUAAUCAUAGAGGAGCCAGAGCCUAUUUCUAGUGACGAGGAGAUGAACUCGGAGUCUUCGCGGGCACCAGACGGAGCCAGGCAUAUCUUGCCCAUAAUCAUAGAGGAGCCAGAGCCUAUUUCUAGUGACGAGGAGAUGAGUUUCCUCGACGUGACCCUGAGUCUGGCUUCUAAGGGAACGACAAAGUAUUCCAAUAUGGGAAAUGAGACUAGUUGAUGCAUGUGUGUGUAGUUUGUGUCUUUGUUCUUAUUUAGCAUGAUAAGACGCCUCAGUUGAUGCUUUUGAUGUUAAGGAGCGGGCCUGUCUCCGUAGGAUUUAAUAGUCCCUUCAGCUUCCUGCUUCCGUAUCUGUGGCCAGUCCAGUUUGUCCGUGUGUCUCAUGCGUGGUUUGUUCCUAGCUUGAGACUGAGGCAGCAGUACCUUUGUGAGUGUGAUGGGGUUGGGGGUAAGGUGUGAAGUAAAAAAGUUGAUGAAAUUUGAAGAGAAGCGAGGGGGAGGGGGGUGUAGAUAAUUUUUUCGAUAAGCUGCACUUUUGAGUAAUCACUGUAUUUUAAAGAAUCCGUUUUGAUGCAAGUGUAAUAGGUAACAGCUUUUUGGGGGCAUGAGCUGUUUCCAUCUUUCAACCAGUUUGGGGAACUCUUUCUGAGGGGUUAGGGGUUAGUGGGGAACUGACCCCUGACCCCUCAUUACGUAAGAUGUCAGUUUCGGCUGUUGGGGGAAGUGCAGGGGGUGAUAAAAUUAUGUGGGGUGACAGGUGUCCGCGGGGAACUGGAACUGGCCCACGUCACCGGUUAUGGGAAAAUAGCAAGUUCUUUAACGGCGUCAGCAGGUAUCGGGUACGGGACCAAAUUGUAGGGAACGUUUUUGUUAUCGCUUAUUUGUUUUGUCUUCCACAGCUCACAGACUUCCCCUCCCCACUCCCCCCCUUGCGGAAGUCGGAAGUACCGGGCCUCACCGUGGCGCAAGGGUGUAACGCUCUGUU